UCUACAGCUGAAAAAUAACGAAGAUACUUUCGGUUCGACUCGACUCACUCGAUUGACUCAUUAAAAAAAAAAACGGUUAAACUAAAUUUUCUAAUACAAUCCGAGUGUCAGCAAGUCCGCUGAAAAAUGGCGUACGAGGACGCGUUGUUGCAGAUCGGGGAGUUCGGACGAUACCAACGCAUAAAAUUGCUGCUUACUUGUCUGACCACCUUCUUAACGGGCUUCACUCUUAUGUCGGGAGUAUUUUUGGGGGCUGUACCGAAUUUCAGAUGUCUGCUUCCAGACGAGGUCAAAGAAAAUGCUACCUACAAGUUGUCCUCGAACGUUUCGAGCGAAUUUUAUCCAUGGGAUAAACAGAGGGGCGGCUGGUCGCAGUGUAAAAUGUACGACCUCGAUGGUGAUCCGUCGUUGACUGAUUCGACUGUUAAAUGCGACUCUUACGUCUACGACGAGAGCAUCUAUAAGCGCACUAUCACCUCCGAUUUCGAUCUAGUUUGCGAUAAUUCAUGGUUGAAAACUACCUCUGAUUCCCUCUUCAUGGUCGGGGUGAUGAUCGGAGCGAUGAUUUUCGGUGCGUCGUCCGACAAAUGGGGUCGAAAACCGAGUUACUACGCUGCUAUCGUUAGCUACUUGCUCGGUUCGAUACUCGUACUUAUUUCCCCCGAAUUCGUAUCGUACACGAUCGCGAGGAUCGUUGUUGGGGCAGCUUGCAGUGGUAUAUUCAUGGUAGGCUACGUCAAUGUGCUCGAAAUUAUCGGGACCAAACACCGAAGAGUAAUCGUGGCUGGCAUUCACGUGUCUUACUCAUUGGGAUACGCGACACUCAUCGUUUGCGCAUAUUUUAUAAGGACAUGGCGACAUUUGCAGAUAACGAUGAUCCUUCCGGCUGUUGGGUUUCUCAGCUACUGGUGGUUCAUUUCGGAAUCCAUACGAUGGCUUCAGUCCAAGGGUCGUAGAAAGCAGGCGAUUGAUUUACUUCACGCGGUGUCUACCGCGAACGGUGCUGAUGAAACUCGAGACGCGAUAAACGGGUUGCUCGGCGAAACGGCCGACUCAAAAUCCGACGUAGAAAAAGCGACAAUUCUCGACGUUCUCACGAAAUAUCCAAAUCUGAGAAAGAAGAGUUUCGUACUUUUUUUCUGCUGGUUCAUAAACAGCGGCACGUAUUACGGACUAUCCUGGAACACCUCCAAUCUCGUAGGUGACUCUUAUUUGAACGCUCUAAUUUCUGCCUUGGUAGAAAUACCUGCUCACGGGCUGGUAUAUUUUACGCUGAACAGAUGGGGCAGAAAAUUCGUUUUGGUCAGCUGCAUGUUGAUAGCGGGAACAUCUUUACUCGUCGCUACAAUCAUUCCCAACAGUAUGCAAUGGCUGGUCAUCGUUUUUUCAAUGAUUGGAAAGCUCGCGAUAACGGCAUCCUACGAAUCAAUUUACCUAUUCACGGCUGAGCAGUAUCCAACGGUGAUCCGAAACGUAGGCGUUGGGGCCUGCUCGACGGUCGCCAGGAUCGGUGGAAUUCUUGCUCCUUUUAUCAAUUACUCCUCCACCGUUUGGCCGCAUCUGCCUCGUCUGAUCUUCGGAUCUGGUGCGCUAAUCGCCGGACUGUUAACGAUCAUUCUGCCAGAAACGUUGAAUAUGGAUUUACCGCAGACGAUGGAGGAUGGCGAGCAGUUUGGAAAGAAGUCUAGAAAAUUGAAGCAGUCGUCGGAUUCUUGAUAGCUUCUCCAAUCUACAUAUCGUUCCUGAUGACGAUUGCGAAAAGCUUAUUCGGCCAUAAAAUUCUUGACAAUUGUGCGUGGCGGUGAUCGUUCGGAUCCAUUCCCCUGAAUCAGACAUGCUAUGAGAUUGUAUCGUUCUAACGGUUUAAAUAAACAAAUUAUUCGAAGUAAGAAA